CAAAAAGCAAGAAUAGAAAUUUUUUUCUUAAUGUUGUGUUUGUGCCUCAACAAAAUGGAAAUAUAAGGAGAAAAAGUAGAUAUAUUUGCUAUUGAGCCGAAUCAAAACGACGGCUGAUUAAAUUCUAGGCGAUAUUCAACAAUAUCCAAAGUGGUUUAAGUUAAUAAAAGCGACUCCGCGAUAGGAGUCGUGUGUUGUGAAAGCCAUGGCCGAAUCAAAACUGUUCCUAAACGACCCCAAUUUGAUGACCGAUUUAAAUCCCGCGGCCGAAGCCAAUAAUCUCGGAGAAAGCCUAUUUUCCAACGAUUCCGACAAUUUACAAAUGCUGGACAACUUUUUAAAUAACGAUCCAGUCAAUAAUGACUCUAACAUGGACACUUUGGAUCCCCUAAGCCUCACCGAAUCUCUGGCAGAGCUACAGCCUCAAAAAGAAACGGUGGACGAAGUGGAAAAUUCAAAUUCCAACGAGGAGCAGCAAGUCGAAAGCCCUACAGCCACUGCCACAGGAGAAGGGUUUGCUUUUAAAUGUAUUUAUUGUGACCAUACUCUGGGUCCGGCAGACAAUCCCAGGUUGUUGGAGUGUUUACACAAUGCUUGCACAAAUUGUAUUAAUAGCAAAUUAUUUGAAAAUAAUGAAUCUUCUGAAACUACUGCCAAUCAAAUCACAUGUCCAACUUGCAACAUCCAAUGCGACCCAUUAAAAAUAAUCGAAAAUCAAUUUCUGCUCGAGUUGGCAAGCAAUGAAGAAAACACUGCCAACAAGCAAACAGAUCUUAAAUGCAGCAGCUGCAGUGACGAAGCGCCAGCGUCCAGUUUCUGCGCUGAUUGUUCGGAAUUUAUUUGUGACAACUGCGUGCAGGCUCACCAGAGGUUGAAAAUAACAAAGGACCACACAAUCAAAUCGAAGGAAGAAGGCCUGAACGAAUUGAACGCUUUGAAUAAUGGCGCCAAUUUGUUUUGCUCUAAUCAUCCGCUCGAGAAAUUGUCACUGUUUUGUGAAACUUGUGAUAAGUUAACUUGUAGGGAUUGUCAAUUAAUUGAGCAUAGAGAGCACAAGUACAAAUUUACUAAUGAGAUUGCUUCUGAGGCAAAAAAGUAUAUUUCUGAUAUGCUUAAGGAUGUUGGUUAUAAAAGGGCCUUACUAACAAGCGCAAUGAAAGUAAUAGACGACAGACAAAAUUUGAUAAGCGAGAAAAAACAAGCCCUAGUCAAAGAAAUAACUCAACUAGUGGUAAAACUCACCCAAACAAUCAGUACUCGUGGCAAACAAUUAGUGGGCAAACUAACCGAAGUUUGCGAUUCCAAACAGAAAACCCUCCAAGAAAAAAAACUAGCCCUGGAACAAUUAUCUAAAAUGACUGAUCACUGCAUCGAGUUCACUCAGUACGCUCUGGACCACGGCAGUGACAUGGCGUUGCUUUACAGCAAAAAACAAGUCACAGAACAUUUAAGGAGGAUCAAGUGCAAACGUGCUGAUAUACCCAAUCCGGAGAUACCCGUGAGAAUUCAUUUGGCUUUGGAUAAAGUUCCUGAUCUGAUUAAAGUGAUGUCAACUAUUGGACAAAUUGUCGUGGACGGAAGAGUGUACCCUUCACAGACAACUUCACCAGGAAUCACUGGACCAUAUCCUCCAAAUCAGUCUCCUAGUCCUGGACAAAUGAGACCACCCCAGCAGCAAUCUCCUAUUAGUCCUUUAGUGCAGCAACCUUCUCCUUCGGGAUUUCCUCAAAAUCAGCAACAACAACAGCAGCAGCAGCAACAACAACAACAGCAGCAGCAACAACAACAACAACAACAGGUCGGUAUACGUAUGGGAAAUCCACCUCCUUAUUCCCAAUAUCAAUCAAACAAUCAGCAAUACUCGCAAAUGAUCCAAAACAUGAGCCAGAACAAUUUGAACCAGCAAUUCAAUCAAAAUCGACUGCAAAGCAUGGGCCCCCCAGGUAUGAACCAGAUGCCGCAAGCCCUUCCCAUAUCCCUGGCGCAGCAACUGAGCAUGAAUCGCAUGCAAAGGCCGGUGCUGCAACGAGCCAUCAUUCCGAGAAUGGCCUCUAACUCCAUGGGACUCAACCAGCAACAACAGCAGGUUUCGUCUUCCACUCAUCCGCACGGAAUGCUGCAGGAUCGCAGCAACUUGAGACAUUUGUUGCAACCGAAUAGCAACGGUCCGAUUUAUAUUCAGACUGGACCUUCGCAGUAUCAGGCCAUACAGCCUCAUCAGUUUCAGAACAGAUUUCCUGGCUCACAACAACCAAUCAGAUUUGGCGCCCAACAACAGCAGCAACAACAAGUCCGUAUGCUGAUGCCCAAUCAACAAGCCCAAACUCGUAUGGCGUUGCAACAACAGCAGCAGCAACAACAAACGCGUCCUCAACAAUUCAACAGCGCCGCCGCUAGCGGCAGCGGCGCCAAGUGGCACACGCCGCAACAACCCAACGACAAUGCAAAUUCGCCGUUGCAAAACCGCAACCAGUCCAGUCUUCCCACCAUAAACGACAACUUCAAGAUUACUCUCAGGCAACAGCCUGAAACCAAAAAUACUCCAGGAACUGUGACGUCUACUAUACCUAAAACGCCCAGUCCUAAUCAUAUACAGGGUCCUCAGGAAACUGAGAGGAGUUUGGAUAAGUUUUGCGAAGAGUCGGUUAAGGAUUUGAUGGCUACUAUUGCUAAGUUGGAUUCGAAUGGGGUUCAAGUACUUGCCGAAGGUAGACAAAAAGGUGGAUCGCCACAUGUUGACAGCUCAACAGGUGACGCCACUCCAGCGCCAAAAAUCAAAGCGGAACUUAUGGAAACCAACAAAGACGAUCCGAAUGAAGAUUGGUGCGCAGUUUGCAUGGACGGCGGCGAGCUGGUUUGCUGUGACAAGUGUCCCAAAGUCUUCCAUCAGUAUUGUCACAUACCGAAUUUGAGUGUCGAAGAAAACGACACUUGGCAAUGCCUGCUCUGCAUGAAUUUCGCCGACAUCUCCGACAACGCUCUGACCGACAAAAAAGAAGGCGAAUUGAGUCUGAAAGAUAGAAAAAUCGCCGAACGAAUCGUCUUGGAAUUGUAUUGCCAAUACGAAACCAGUUUACCCUUCAGAGAGAUUAUUGGAGCUGAAAAUGUCGAGUACCAUCAAAUCAUCAAGAAACCAAUCGCCUUGGACAUAAUCAGGCAAAAACUGAAUUGGGCCUCUGACAAUCAUUAUAAAAGUAUUGACGAUUUGGUUAAGGAUGUCAGGUUGAUGUUGCAGAAUGCUUACAUAUUUAAUCCGGUGGAAUCUCAAGUGUAUCAAGACGCCAAAAGCCUAGAAAAGUUCUUUGACGAACAACUAGAAAAAUUCCUGCCCGAUUUCGCCUACGAAAAUUUCGACGACGACCAUCCUCAGCCGCCCAAGAAGUUCAGGCGCAUUAUAACCGACUGACAAAUAGUUCAUGGGGCGAAUAACACCGUUUAUUUCUCCCUGUGAAGAACUCAAUCGACAACCCGGAUCUGCACGUGCAUCAUUGCAAUUUUUUUUUUUUUGUUAUUUGUACAUAGACUUUUUUUGUUUUUCAAAGGCAAAAUAUUUGAGGUUUUAGUAGAAAAAGAUGCAAACUUGUGAAAUAAUGAAAAACUAUUUAAUAUAAGACAUUUAAACUGACAUGAAUUUUUAUAUAUUUAUUGUAUUUUCAAUUAAUUACAUUAAUUACUUUUGCUCUCAAGAGCAAAAGUAUCGACCCUUAAUUAUGAACUCUUUACUUCAAAAAAUGUAUACAUACAUAAUUUUUUUUUUGUAUGUAAUUCUAUUAUUACAAAAUCCUAUCUGUAAUCAUUAAGUUUAUACACUUGUUAAUCGUCUAAGUAUAUUUAUUCUUUAUUAAUCAUGUUUUAAUGAUUUGAUUGUUUUAAUUUUACCUAAUUAAGAUAUUGACAUUUUUAAUUUUAGAAAGAAAUUUGAUCAAAAAAUAAUAAUAGUUAUCACGUUAUAUUUAGGCUUUUAGGGUGAUUAGACUCUCUACUUUGUCUUUAUUCAUUUUUGUCUUUUUUUUUUUCGUUUCGUGGUAUUUAUAGAUUUUGAUGUGAACAAAAUCGGCCAGGAUCUACCUGAUGAUUGAAGAUUUCCUAAUAUCACACCUAGAUUUAUAAUAGGGUUAAAAUACGUAAUAUACCUAAGUGAGAAUUA